AUGGUACCUGGAACACCAGGUGUCAAGGACUGGGUGUUCCUGACAAGAUUUUGCUUCCUCUCGGAUUAUGGCCGACUGGACUUUCGUUUCCAUUACCCCGAAGCUAAGUGCUGUCAGAACAUCCUCCUGUAUUUUGACGACCCAUCCCAGUGGCCAGCGGUGUAUAAAGCAGGGGACAAGGACUGCCUGGCCAAGGAGUCUGUGAUCAGGCCAGAAAACAACCAGGUCAUCAACCUCACCACCCAGUACGCCUGGUCGGGCUGUCAGGUAGUAUCAGAAGAGGGGACCCGUUAUCUGAGCUGUUCCAGUGGCCGCAGCUUCCGCUCGGUUCGUGAAAGGUGGUGGUACAUUGCACUCAGCAAGUGUGGGGGAGAUGGCCUGCAGCUGGAGUACGAGAUGGUCCUCACCAACGGCAAGUCCUUUUGGACCCGGCACUUCUCAGCUGAUGAGUUUGGGAUUCUGGAGACAGACAUGACUUUCCUUCUCAUCUUCAUCCUCAUCUUCUUCCUCUCCUGUUACUUUGGAUAUUUGCUGAAAGGCCGUCAGUUGCUCCAUACAACUUAUAAAAUGUUCAUGGCAGCGGCAGGAGUGGAAGUCCUGAGCCUCCUGUUUUUCUGCAUCUACUGGGGCCAGUAUGCCACCGACGGCAUUGGCAACGAAAGUCUGAAGAUCUUGGCCAAGCUGCUCUUCUCCUCCAGCUUCCUCAUCUUCCUGUUGAUGCUCAUCCUUCUGGGGAAGGGAUUCACGGUGACACGGGGCCGCAUCAGCCAUUCAGGCUCGGUGAAGCUGUCUGUCUACAUGACCCUGUACACCCUCACCCAUGUGGUGCUGCUCAUCUACGAGGCUGAAUUUUUCGACCCGGGCCAGGUAUUGUACACAUAUGAGUCACCGGCAGGCUACGGGCUCAUCGGGCUGCAAGUGGCAGCCUACGUGUGGUUCUGCUACGCCGUGCUCAUCUCCCUGCGCCACUUCCCGGAGAAGCAGCCCUUUUAUGUGCCCUUCUUUGCUGCCUACACCCUCUGGUUUUUUGCGGUUCCCAUCAUGGCCCUGAUCGCCAACUUUGGGAUCCCCAAGUGGGCCCGGGAGAAGAUUGUCAACGGGAUCCAGCUAGGGAUCCAUUUGUACGCCCAUGGCGUGUUCCUGAUCAUGACACGCCCGUCAGCGGCCAACAAGAACUUCCCGUACCACGUGAGAACAUCACAGAUCGCUUCAGCCGGUGCCCCAGGCCCAGGAGGGAGCCAGUCCGGGGCCAAGGCCUUCCCGCAGCACGUCUAUGGGAACGUGACGUUCAUCAGCGACUCGGUGCCCAACUUCACGGAGCUCUUCUCCAUCCCCCCGCCCGCCUCCUCCGCCGGGAAGCAGGUGGAGGAGACGGCGGUGGCGGCGGCGGUGGCCCCGAGGGGCCGCGUGGUGACCAUGGCCGAGCCGGGCGCGGUCUCCCCGCCCUCUCCUGCCCGGCUCCCUAAAUCAGCCGACCGGGGCUGGGACGGCCCAACGGCGCCCUACCAGCCGCUCGUGCCCCAGACGGUGGCGCCACACGCCGGCUUCACUGAAUACUUCAGCAUGCACACGGCCGGGGGCACUGCUCCCCCGGUCUGA